UGCAGCAGUAUCGGGGAACUCUCGCGGAAUAUUUCGUUGUAUUUCAUGUUGUGCAAGUGUUUCCAACCGGUGUGAAAGCGUUUAUUUAAAGCAACUGAUAUCAACCUUUGCAACGCAGUGCUGACAAACUGAAAGUGUGGGAGUGCGACGUUCGUUUCCACAAAGCAAUGGAUACGCCUGUUUCAGGCGAAUCAGUACUGAAACAGCAUGCCUCAGCAUAAGAAUCAACUUUCUGCCGUGAUUAAGGGUCGCGGACAGGCGGGUUUCAGCGAGUAUGAAGUGUUGAAAGUUUUCUGUGAUGUGUGCGAAUCCUUGGCCCAGCUGCACUGCAGCCAGGCACCCGUCAUCUACCGAGACCUAAAGGUGGAAAAUGUGGUACAAAACGAUAUGGGGCGGUUCAUCCUGUCCGAGUCGAGCACAGCAACUACCCGGUUUCUCAACCCGGUGGCUCACGGAAAGAAAGCAGUCGAAGAGGAAAUCCAAAAGAACACCACUCAAGCCUAUCGGGCCCCGGAGAUGAUUGAUCUCAACUCGGGUCACAGCAUUACUACCAAGGGCGACAUAUGGGCGCUUGGCUGUCUACUGUAUCGCCUUUGCUUUGGAACGUUACCCUUCGGAGAAAGUUCCAAAGCUAUCUUACACUGUCAGUAUAACAUUCCAGAAAAGUGCAGAUAUUCUCCGGAACUUUGUCAAUUAAUUCGUUUUCUGUUGGAAGCUGAUCCCGAGAAGCGUCCCAGUAUCUACCAAGUCUGUGAGUUUGCAUUUAAAAUUUCCGGAAAGGAUAAUCCACUCCGAAUAGCUCGGGAGCGUCAAAAAUCGCAGUCAUUGGGCAACAACCACCACAACAACUAUAGUAAUUCAGAUCAUAACGAACGGAAGCAUCACCAAAUCGUGGGGUUGGCAGCAUCGGCACCGUUCAGUGUUAGCACAAGCGUUGCUCCGAGAUCCCGUCCGAAAGGUCAGCACUCUGGUACUGGCGGUGGAUUCAACUUGGGACCACCUCCACUGAAUCCAUCGCCGAAAAAUGUGGUGUCCCCUGUUCCGGGAGCUGAAGCCGAUGUCAGGCAGUUGACCGGGCAGGAGAAGGCAAGUGCUGCCUUAUUUGUUGCCAAUUUUAGUGACAAUUUUCCUACGGCAUGUGCCCAACAGAGCGCUAGGAGUCCAGCCGGGUUAAACAUGGAUCUCCAACACCAGUCAGUAGCGGUCGGAGAAACACAGAGAAAUAUCGCUGAAGUGGGUUUUAGAUGUUUCCCAUCAGAUGCCAAACACCUACUGAUUCCACCGGUGGAAUCCUCCGUGCCGAAAGAUAAACCGUCUGCCGUUUCUCCGGCAUCGUUGCUUUCGCCGUUCGAACCGGAGCCACCGUCUUCGUCUUCGUCAUCAACCCGACCCCGUCCGACAACUUUGCUCCCUGCUGGACAUCACCACUCUAAGUCAUCGACUUCAUCAUCACAACAUCGUCGACAUCAUCACGUCUUGAGCAAUUCCAAUAGUGAGAAAUCCCUUGUGUCACCCGUUUCCAAUUCAACCUGGAACCCGUUUGGCGAUGCAUCACCGUUCAGUCCCAGUUCCACGCUGAUCGAAGAUCAUCUCUUUGGUGCAGAAUUCGAUAAGCUGCGGUUGGAAGGUGGCAGCCAGACGUCGAUCGUGACUUCACCCGAAGAGAUGAAGUCCGAACGUUCCUGGUUGAGAAAACCUCAACGCCAACAGCGCUUUUCGUUGCCAACAUUGACGCAAGCCUGUUCGACCAGCGUGCUGCCGUCGUCGACCGUGGAGAUCGUCCCGGAAGAGGAUCCGUUCGGUUCGGCACCGUUCACUCUACCCAAGCGAUUGAAGGAUAAAACCGGUAGGUCUUCAAAGUUGACUUCAAAGCUAAGUGAAGUGAUUGCUGGUGCGGCAGGAGGUGGAGGCUUGUGGCGGCAUUCGACAGGAGGAGGAGGAGGUAAGGAGAGUUUGAUUUCGACGACUCCUGGUGCGGUGAGCGGAGAGAAUGGAAGGAACGACAAUGCUGACGAAGGAGUGGACAAGUCAGCGCUGUUGGGAAUUAAGCUGGACGAUUUGAUCAGUGGUGGAGAAAAGGGCUCACCAAAUUUCAUCAAGCUGCCGUUGGACGACAGGAACAAGUACGAAAAGCUGAACUCGAACGACGUGACAUCCGAUGACAGUGAUUCGGAGUUUUAUCCGGAUUCGGCUGGAGGUGUCAAGAAGCACAGCUUUAAGCAGUUUGUAGAGAAUAAUAUACCGGAGAAGCUACAGGCGGUCUACCAUAAGGUUGAUAAGGGUCAGAUUAAGAAUGUGCAGAUUGUGAAGAAACUGCGCGGUAAGGUUGAAACAAAGAAGGGUCAGCCAAAGGUCGGUAGGUCCAAAGAUAAGCAGCAUGCGAAGAAAUCGGUUGGAGAACAAGGAGGUAAGGAAGGAGAGUCGGAUGAUUCUAUCGGAUCGGCGAGUGAUUUGCGGGCAAACGAUGACUUUCCCGAUGGAGAUGAAGGAGAGAGUGGUAAAACGGUUCCGGGUAAACCUUCGAAAAAACUCAACAGGAUGACUUUUGGUGAUGGUAGCGUGGAUGAUUGUAUUAGCGAAAGUAUUAAGACCUGUGGAUCAAGUGCCUAUCACGCCGAGUGUGAAAGCGUUACCACCAAUGAAGAUAACUCCAGUCGAAUCGUCACAAGAGUACGGGUCAAGAAACGAGAACAUGAUUCCAAACAUAGCGUAAUCGAUGAGGACGACUCGGGUGAAGAAGAUAUGAUACAGGGUGACAAACCGCUGCUGUUGGAUGAUGAAUUGGAUUACGAAUCCGCUCCCGAGAACAACACCAGCGGUGAGGAAGUACUUAUGGAUCCAUUCACUCCGGAAUCUUUACCUGACGAAUCGGAAAAGUUGACAGAGGAGGAUGAAAUUGAUUUGGAUCCUUUCGCUAUGGCACCCUUCAAGAAGCCGGCAGUUCCCAAGCGAACCAGUAUUAAAUAUAUGCCCAAUGUUAAUCCUAUCCCGGAAAACUGUCCGACCAUACCGGCACCGUCGCUACCGCCACCGCCACCAUCUGUGGACAAUUUUUGUACUUCUACACCUAUCAAGCCUGCUAGAUCUCAACUGGAACCCAUAGAUUUACCACCACCACCACCUCCAGUUACGGUUCCGAUUACUGCCCCCGAACCGGUACCGUUUCGUGAAAGAUCUCCAAACGCUCGAACCGAUCUGUUCGGUUUGGAACCGUUUCCUCCACUUGUGUUAUCUCCACCCAUACCCGCUACCCGACCUGUCUCGGAAGCCACAUCAAUUCCAACGGUUACCGUCCAAUCGGGAUCCGUCGCACUGACGCACAUCAUUCCAAACACAAUGGCAGCUUUACCUAUUGUAAUCCCGUUGGAACCGGCACCGCCGCCCAUCCUCCAGAAACCAAAUCCAAAUCCCCCCAUGAUCGCCCGAUCGUCCUACAUCAACUUUGGUCAAAUUCCAACGCAAAGCGUCAUCAACAGCUUCUCCCCGGACAACAACUAUGUCAACUUUCAAACAGAUUACGACGACGACGACGAUGUUCGGAAGUUGAAAUCGGACGAUUACGACGAUAGUAGCGACACGGUUGUGAAGAGUUCCUCUAAGGGUGGUGGGUUCCUCAGCAAGAAGGAGAAAGUGAAAUACAAUUCCCUAAAGGACCACAAGACGCCAACGGGUAAGGACGAUUCUAGCAUUAUGAUGCUUAGCGGAUCCGGGUCCGCGGGAAAUCACACAUCAAUAAUUCCAGUAAAGCUUAGUCAAAAGGUAAAGGUUAAUGUGGGCGGUUACAAAAAAGUGUCCGCCAAGGUUAGUAAGAAAGAAAAAUCCAACGGUAGUGCUGGAGGAGAGCGUUACGAGGAGAACAGCACAAAAUCAGCCAAAGCUUGUAAGCAGAUGGGUUUCAGCAACAUGAGCUUUGAGGAUUUUCCUUCGGAUGAUGCCAUCGAGGAGCAUCGAGCCGGCCCCACCGCCCAACGGCAUGGUCCAUUCGAAGUGGUCCGGAACGACCGAACCUUGCUGGAAGCGGAGAAGAAGUUUGGUUCGCUGAAACGACGCAGUAAUCCUUUCUCAUGAUUGUACGCCUUGGAAUCUCAGAAGCGGAAAACGUGAACGAUGAUGCGGCUAAUGCGAAUUGAACUGAAAGCUGAAUUGCUUUACUUAGCCAAAACUGUACAUUGGAUUAUAGCGAAGACAACAUAUCAAGAAGACUGGCAACUUUGCCUGAAUCCGAGCGACAGACACUAGCGCUGUGCUUGAGGGAAGGUGGAAGCAACGCAUAGAAAAAAUGAGCAGAUACACAAACCUUUCUUCUGAGGAUGGAACCUUUGCUGUUCAAUUCGUUCGUAGCAUUCACCUUUGAGCGGCAGAUGACGCGUUUGAAAAAAUGGAAGAGUUCCCAGUCUUCUUGAUAUGUUGCCUUCGAUUAUAGUCACCAAACAAAAUUAUCAAACCACAUAUUGCAAACACACAUAGAUAUAUGUAAGUCAUAAAGCAAGCAUCAACAAAAGCAUCAUUUGAGUAUAGGUAUACAGCAUAUCCAAAAACAUUAAAAUAGGAGAGAAAAAACAUUUCUGUUUUCCAAAAGUACAGGUAUAUUUUGUUUAGUUCCAAAAGCGGCAAAUGAAAUUAAAUUGAUAUUUGUUAAAUUUAGCAACUAAUUUAUUAUUUUACAUUCAUUUCUUUUGCACAAUUACUCUGCACUUAGGACUGACAGGUAGGUUUGUUAUAUUUAUGAUAAAUAUUUGUUAUUUUUUUAUUUCGGCUGUCAUAGAAAUUUCAAUAUAAACAGAAAUCAACUGUGGUCGGACGUUAAAGUUCACACAUUUGUUAUUUACCGAUGAUGUAACUGGUAAUUGUACUCGGAAUGGCGAAAGCUUUAGGUACCAAUAGUUUAUAGGAACUUAUCGGUUGACAGAAAAUAGAUAAAACUGCAUUCUGGUUGUAUGAUAAUUGUGACAGCUACUGUUAGCAGCUAUUAUUAGAUGGAAGGACAACAAGAGAAUAACUUACAAUAAAUAUAUGGAAAGAAGGUUUAUAUAAGCACAGAUGUGUCGCAGGAAAAAAGAACAAACUGUAUUAGAUCGCUACAAAGCAAACACUACAAAUAUGAAAUUCGUAUUCUUAUGCAGCUAUCUCAAUGUAUACAAUAAUCGAAAAAGGGGAAAAUGGAAAUAAAUACCCUGCAUAUAUAUUUAUAUUCGAAAAUA